ACGAGGGCAUCAGAUAUUCCCAGAGGAUCUUCUGAGCUAUCUGACAAACGGCUAUUUCCGGAACCUCCGUACUCUCUUGAUCAAUAAAGUUAUGCCGGAGCCACGGUGGUACGGUGAUACGGUUUGCUGUAGGGAUUUCGCCAAGCGCCUGACCGAGGCCGUUCCGAACCUACAGGAUUUUGAACUCGACGUUUACUGGGACAAGCCUGACGAAUUCCUCCUCACGAGCUCUUCCGACGCAGUCUACCCAUUCGGGAGUCUAAAGAGUCUCAAGGACCUCGUCGGCAUCGCAGUGGAUCUGGGUUUCCUCAUCGAUUCCUCGGCGCACGACGCUCCUUCUAGGCUGCUUUCACUGCCUUCGACCGUGCUCCCGGACGCCAUCGAAUGGGUCAUAUUCACUAACGUGAAACUGAACUUCCUGUCGAUGAUUGUUGACGAAUUCAGGAAGGAGGAGCCGCAUGAUGUGAUACGCCAAUUCCUUGCAGCAAUUCCGUCCUGCGGGAAGCUGAUCUUCGAGGCUUACUGGGAGCCCGUGCCGGAAGACUUGGAGGUUCUGGAUGGAAUCUGCCAACGGAGGAGAGAGGACGGCGUCGAGUGCUGGGUGGAAUGGUACGAGCCGGAUAAUGUGGAGGAGUUGCGAGAGUACUUCCACAGCACGAACCGUAGGUAAACGGAUGGAUCGUAGGGGAACCAGACGGGUUUCCUUUGCACGAUGAAUCUUGAAAGCGAUCUGGACUUAGAAUCAGUAAAUGGAGUGGCAUUGAAUAUAGGUGGCGCAAUGCUCUGUACUAGGGUAGGUCUCGGUGAAGUCCGUAGGCUAUUCAGGCUUACAGCCUCUCGCCACUGUAGGAUGAACUGUCUCCACAGUCAUGUAGCCGGACAAAGCAAAAUCCGCUCCUUGUGGUCACCAUCACAUAACGACGAGCAGCAGUAGAACGUAUUGUGUGAAGUUGUUGCCUGAAGUGUCUGGGACACUCUAACCAGCAGAUUUAUACAGCGCACAGCUCGAUUACUAAUACAGUCGUUACCUGGGGCUCGUGGCGCUGGAAGAGAUGGUCAGUGUAGUAGCGAAGUAGUAAGGGAUGAG